UAAUUUUUUAUUUAUAAACAAACGUCAAGGUACAAGAUGGCUACAACGAAUUUUGAUACUCUGAAACAGAAGACUGGGGUAACAGACACCCAGCUAGACCAAAGAAUUGAAGAAGAUAAAUUGUGGAGCCUGGCUGGUCUACUUGGCAGCUAUGAAAAGUUUGUUAGAAGCCCAGUGUUUGGUCUCAAUAAUGCAGAUGUAGAGGAUCUGAAGGAUUGUGCCUCCAAGCAUGGAAAUCAACAAGCCAUGUAUGAAGCUUUAAGGAAAUGGGAAAACGUCAUCCGUGACUUCACUUAUCGGUCGUUGUUGAAGAUUUUGAUUAGUCUUCGUGAAGGAGCUUUGGCUGACCAAGUUUGUAGAAUUUUCAUCCAGACACAAGCCAGUGAGCCGAAUAAAGAAGACGCUGUGUCCUUGUCAUCUGCACCAGCACUGGCUACUGGGCACACUGUAGGAUCAUCUUCUCAUCCAGUGAGUGCAGUUCUUCAACGACAGAUGGACAAAUAUCAGCUCACUACAGCCCAAGUCGACCAUGAAAUCCAGCAAAAAGACAUACCAUAUUUGGCUGCUUACUGUGACAAUGUGGAGAUCUAUGACGAUGAGAUGGAAUUACGACGUAGCAAGCAAGAUAAUCACCUAGCCAUGAUCAAGUACUUGAAAAUCUGGAAAAGUAAGAAACUCUCACAAGCAACAUUCAGGGCCCUUCUGGAGAUGCUAAUAAAGCUGGAGAAAGAGGCGAUUACUGACGAAGUCUGUCAGUAUAUAAAGGAAAUUCCCACCACAUUUGUUGGAGAGGGAUCACUUCGAGAGAUGUCCGUGGCACGAGGGCAGGAACACAUUACUGAACAAGCAGUUCUGUCACCUACCACAGAAGUAGAUGCCCUACUAUCAAGCAAUGGAUUGAUGUACAAAGACGUGAAUAGGGAGUGCAGGGAUGACCAUAUAUUAGAGAUUUCACAGCAGCUGGAACAAUGGGAGCUAGUAGCAACACGGCUGGGAUUAACCCUAGCUGAGAUUGGAGCCAUCAAAUAUAACAAUCGGAGUAUAGACAUGAUGAGAUAUAACACUCUUAAGAAAUGGAAAUCUAAGGCUCUACUCAGUGGAACAGCUACGUAUCGAGUUCUACUACAAGCUUUGUUGGCUCUUAGCUGCAAUGACUUAGCAAACCAAGUGUGCUCACUACUCAAGGAAUCACUACGGGAAUCACUACUCAAACAAAGGCAACAGAGGAGGAUAUUCGACGAUGCUCUAAGAGAUGGCGCAGUCACUGUGAAAAUAACUAAUGCUCUAAUUCAAGGAGAAGCGGGUGUUGGAAAAACAUGCACCAAGCGCAUUCUUUGUGAUCAGGGCCGUCCGAGCUCUAGAGAUAGCACUCCUCUCGCCGAUAUUUCUGUUCAUGUUAGAGAUGUAACUGAUGUCAAAAUCCAUUCUCAAAACAACAAAUGGACAGAAGUGAAUGAGGAAAAACUGCAAGACAUUGUUGGAACUAUGAUUUCGAUAGUUUGUAAAAAUCGUUCGUUAAAGACAUCAAUCGAUCAACAGUGGCAACACCGGAAAAAAGUACAUUUCAUUCCAGCUGAUGAUCUAGCUGGCAAACAACUACCACAGCCACUACCGGAACGAACAGUACCGAACCUAUCUCUGAAUGAUGAUGAACCAGAAACAUUGCCACGGGCUGAAUUUGAGUCACUGAUUGAUAAUCUUCGGGAUAAAGUAGCUGAUUCACACCAUCCAGGAUCACAAGAUGCACGAGAAAUUCUAGGCUCCAACUGGAUCUAUUUAAUCGACAGUGGAGGCCAGCCUCACUUCCACAAUCUUCUACCUCAUUUUGUGCAUGGCAUUAGCAUUGCUUUGUUUACUCUGAAGCUUUCAGAACGAUUGGACUCUCAUUCUAUGGUUGAGUAUUACGAACAUGGCAAACUGAUUUCGACUCCAUACCGAUCACCUCUUACAACUAUUGAUACCCUCAAGUGUCUCGUCCGCUCAAUGCAGUCUCAUACUAUCGAUGGCGAAAAACCUACUCUUGUCAUUGUAGGUACCUUUUUGGACGAGAUCGAGAAAUGUUCUGAAACUGUACAGGAAAAGAAUGAGCGACUACUUAAAAUUCUUUCACUAGAAUUUACAGACCAGCUUUUCUUUUAUAAUGAAGCUGAAAACAAUUUAAUAUUUGCUCUGAAUGGAAAGGAUCCAGGUCCUCAUGAAGAAACAAUCGCUAAAUUGAUAAGAUCUGUCAUCGAAACUUCUCCUUCUAAAGUUAUCAAAAUGCCUAUUUGGUGGUACGUGCUGGAGAUAUCGUUAAAAGAAAUGUCAAGUCGUCUGAACAGAAAAGUGUUGAGCAAGCAAGAGUGUCUGGAAGUCGCAAAGCAAAUACAUAUCGAAGAAGAUGCACUUGUAGAGGCUUUGAAAUUCUUUCAUGAACAACACAUUUUUCACUACUAUGUAGACAUAUUGCCUAAUGUUGUCUUCACUAGCCCUCAAGUUCUCCUGGACAAGCUGACAGAGUUGGUCAAGGAAGCAUACGAUAAAAGGAUUAAAUCAACAACCACUACUGAACAGGCUCAAGUUGCGAAAGGAAAAUGGCAGAAAUUUCAAAAUAAUGGAAUCAUAACACUGGAGUUUGUUGAAUACUUUUCAAAGCACUACGUGGAAGGAUUGUUUUCUCCACCCGACCUCCUCAAAAUAUUCAUGAAUCUUCUCAUUCUAACACCAUUUUCGCCUACUGAUUUCGAAAUAGAUUUCACAUCACGUACAGCUCAGUACUUCAUGCCUUCACUUUUGGAUAUGCUUCCACAAGACAAAUUAAUGGAAUAUCGUGUUGUGUCUGUUUUAGCGAGUCCGUUGUUACUUAGAUUCCCUAAUGGUUGGCCACGUGCAGGAGUGUUUUGUUGCCUUCAAGUUUAUCUGAUUCGUCAGUUGGGUUGGAAGCUUCUGCUUAUUAGGGGAAAGCCGAAACUAAUUGCUCAGAAUUGUGUGAUGUUGUCUCCUCCAGGCAGUAGUUGCCGGGUUACUCUGAUCGACUCUUUUUCGAUUGUUGAAGUACAUGUCGAGGGAGACAAAGAUGUUUGUUCUGCAAUGUGUCCGACAAUUCGAAAUCAAAUUGAUACCGGAAUACGUGCUUCUUGUCAAUUACUUCGAUACAGUGAGGAGCAACUACAGUUAGCUUUCUUUUGUCCUUGUACACUUUCUUCUUCACCACAUUCUGAGGAAGUUCCUCAUUUCCAUGCUGCAAUACUCUUGGAGGACGGCAAUCAAAGAUGCACUUUUGAUGAGAGUAUCACAUCGAGGGUCCAGUCUGAAGAAAUGAUCUGGCUCCAAAAUACAGCACCGGCUACUGGGCACACUGUAGGAUCAUCUUCUCAACCAGCGGGGACAGUUUUUCAACAGCUGAUGGACAAAUAUCAGCUCAGUACUACUGCCCAAGCCAGUGAGCCGAAAAAAGAAGAUCCUUCGUCUUCGUCACCUCCACCAGCACCGGCUACUGGGCACACUGUAGGAUCAUCUGCCCAACCAGUGAGUGCACGGCUGAUGGACAAAUAUCAGCUCAGUACUACUGCCCAAGCCAGUGAGCCGAAAAAAGAAGAUCCUUUGUCUUCCUUGCCUCCACCAGUACCAGCAUUGGCUACUGGGCACACUUCUGCUCAACCAGUGAGUACAGUUCUUCAACAGCUGAUGGACAAAUAUCAGCUCACUAAUUCACAAGUCAACCAUGAAAUCCAGCAAAAAGAUGUAUCAUAUUUGGCUGCUUACUUUGAUAAUGUGGAGCUCUAUGUCGAUGCGAUGGAAUUAUCAUCUAGCGAGCAAAGUGAUGUUUUGUUAAAAAGAUUGGACGGUAACCACCUAGCCAUGAUCAAGUGCUUGAAAAUCUGGAAAAGUAAGAAGCUCUCACAAGCGACAUUCAGGGCCCUUCUUGAGAUGUUAGUAAAGCUGAAGAAAGGGGAGAUUGCUGACAACGUCUGUCAUUACAUAAAGGAAAUUUCCACCACAUCUGUUGGAGAGGGAUCACUUCGAGAGAUGUCUGUGGCACGAGGACAUCAUCACACUACUGAACAAGCAGUUCUGUCACCUACCACCGGCACCGAAGUAGUACGCCUCUCGAGAAAGCGAUUAGUAAGAAGCGGAAGUGGGCGUGGGGACGAGGCUACAGAAAUAGAUGCCCUACUAUCAAGCAAUGGAUUGACUUGCACAGACGGGAAUAAGGAGUGCAAAGAUGACCAUAUAUUAAAUGUUUCACUGAAGCUGGAACAAUGGGAGCUAGUAGCAACGCGGCUGGGAUUAACGUCAGCUGAGAUUGAAGCCAUCAAGGGUAACAAUCAGACUGUAGAAAUGAUGAGAUAUAAAGCUCUGAAGAAAUGGAAAUCUAAGGCUCUAUUCAGUGGAACAGCUACGUAUCAAGUUCUACUGCAAGCUUUGUUGGCUCUUAGCUGCAAUGACCAAGCCAAGCAAGUAUGCUUACUACUCAAGAAAUCACUAGAAUGUCAACAUAAAGUUCUUAAAAUAGAUAAUUAGACCCCAAAAAGUUAUAUUGUGUGUAAUGUGUGUUUGUUUGUUUUGCUUAAAUGUAUUUUUAUCAUAAGCCAAUAUUCAAUAAGGAAACGG